AUGGAGCUGAUGUACUCUCGCAUCGAGCCGCUCAAGACGCUGCACGAGACUCGUUCGACUGAUGAGUUCGUGGAAGCAUUCGUGGUCGAGAUCCCAGCAACAUUGGCAAGCAAGGCACUGAGCAUCGUCAAGCCGAUUCUGCCGAAUGAUCGGACCCUUUCCUUCGCUCACCUGCGUCGUGUCUGCACUCUCAACCAUCUGCCUGUCGAUCUUGCUUGGAGGAGAGACUACGACUCGAACGGCCUUAACACGGUCUUUCUGCUCGUACCGAACUCACCGCUGCUGCCCUGGUACAAAAUCUGUGAGACCUUUGCAGAGCACAUCCAGAUCGAAGGUCUUCCACGCUGCUUCAAUGCAGUCGUACCACGCUACGCUCCCUUGACCUCGGAACAAGCCAUACUCUGGACUGAACGAUACUGGCCCACGCAAUUCAAUCCGGCUGCCCAGCUGCUUCAAGAUGCUCCACCUCUGAACCAACUCCGACGUGUCAUUGCCGAGCUCGAUACCUCGGCUACGACCCACUUCUUGCAAAUUGCCCGUGCUGCCGCCCACGAUGCCAAAAUCAACGGACUCGGCUGUGGCACCGGUGCUGUCAUCGUCAAUCCGAAGACCGGACAAAUCAUGCUGUUGCGGCUGAUGCGAGGUGGUGGAGUGACGAGAAGACCGCCCACAACUGCACCGAUAAGUCUGGACCUGGCCGGGCAGAGAACCACGCCCUAA